AUGGCGGAGUCCUGUGGGCUUUGGGACUGUGAGGACCCGAGCCGCUGGGCCGCUGUCCUGAAGCGCCACCCGGAGGUGCUGCGGACGCGCGCGGGCCCUCGGGGACGGUUGGAAGCCCUGGACAGAUGGUAUCGAGAGGAGUUGCCUGCGGCCAUCAAGGGCCGAGUAGAGAAGCACGUGACACGAGAUGACCUGGAGCAGUUGCUGGCGUGGAAACUGGCACUUCCUUCUGGGCGGGCCCUCCUCCUUGAGGUGGACCCUCGCGGCGUGGGCGUGGCUUCCUCCUGGGAGCCGAGACCCCGACGAGGUCUACCAACCCUGAACCCUGACACGACCUGGCCACAGAGGGGCCUUUUCCGGCCGCGCCUGCAGCAACUCGUGACCGUCAACUCCCCGGAGCUGGUGGUGCAGCGUUCGGCCGGAUUCCGCCUCCUGCCAGACAUGCAUGCAGCGGUCAUGGAAUUGUGCGCUCUCCAGGGUGUGGGCCCCACUACUGCCUCGGCGAUCCUGGCUGCUGGAGCUCCCGAGGUGGCCGCUUUCAUGUCUGAGGAGGCAGUGGCCGCAGUGCCUGGCUUGCCAGCCCUGCAGUACACUCUCAAGCACUAUCUGCUGUACUUGGGCAGGGUGCAAGAGCGUGCCACAGCCCUGAGCCGAGGCAGGGCCUCAGGGCUGUGGACCCCUCACCACGUGGAGACAGCACUGUGGACAUAGGCUAUGGGGCAGAAGCUGUGCCCUGAUCUACUGCCUGAUCUCAGUCCCAGCCCAGCCACCCCCGACAACACCAGGCCAGCCAAGAAGCGCAGGACCCAGGCGGACUAACUUGGCUGUGGCCCAGAACCUGCUCACCUGCCAUAUGACCUUAGGCUGCAAGUGUCUCUGGACAGCAGGCUGGCAGAGCAGGAGGCUGGCUGCUGCAGAAGCUCAAUAAAUGCUUAUUGUACUCACA